AUGGCUUCACAAUCUAAUCCCAUCAUCGAUAUCAGCAAAGAAAUUCUCCUGCAGGCAAACGUUCUCUCCGAGUGCUUACAACGACAUUCAAUCACAGUACCCAAGGACCUUGCUCCGGGGUCCGUGUCCCUGCUCUGGACAACGGAGGUGCAGGAGGUCCAUGUAUUGCGGUCCACGAUAACGUCGCUGACAAAGCGCCUUGACAAUCUGCUCGAAGGUCCUCGUGGCAUCCUCCAUGAAUAUGUGUCAGUCAAUUGGGAACAUGGGGCACUAUAUACCCUGCUUGACUGGAAAGUGUUCCCGAGCAUUCCCCUGGAUGGGACGCCAAUCCAGGUAUCACAGCUCGCUGGUAUAACAGGUCUUCCAUCAGCAAAAUUGUUACGCCUAUGCCGCCUUGUUGCCACUGCUGGAAUUUUGAACGAGCCUGCUGAAGGUUGUUUUGCUCAUACCGCCAUCUCGGAGGAGCUUGUCAAGGACGAGGGCUUCAGAAGCUGGGUUGGCUUUCAGCUUUUUGAGACACGUGUUGCAAGUGCACAUCUAUCCGACUCGCUGCUGGAAAGCCGAGACUUUUGGGGGGACGGUGGGAGUGCAUUCAAACAUGCCUGGGGAGUGCCCAUGUAUGCUUGGCAUGAAUUGCACCCUGAGAAAGGUGACAGAUUCGCCCAGGCCAUGGAGAGCGUAUCUCAGUCACUCGACCCUGGCGACGGGAUGAUAAUCGAUCGCCUAGCUCGUUUCGCUGCCAACGAACCCUCAAAGAUCAAGCUCAUGGUCAUCGAAGUGGCCGGCAACGGUGCAUUUUGUAGACGGAUUGCGCGUUUCUUCCCAUUCAUACGAUUCGAAGUCCAGAACCCCUCCCUUGAGGUCGUGGAGCACGGAGAAAGCUUGCUCAGCGCUGAGCUCCGCAAUUCUGUCCGAUUUCGACAGCGGGAUACUUUCGGGAUGCGUAAUACCGAGGAGAUUGAGCUAGAGAAAUUAGGCUCUAACGAGUUUGUGCGAACCACAUUCCUGAUACGCAACAUGCUGUGGUGCAUGAAGGACUCUGAAAUCACCAGGCUGCUACAGACAUUUGUUCCUGUCCUCCAAUCGGAUGCUGGAGCGUCGCUACUGAUUUGUGACCUCGUUUCGCCAGCGUGGGCAACAUUUGAACCAUACGUGGAAAGGAUCUAUCGGCGGCGAGACGUGACCUUGAUGACUAUGCACAAUGCUAAGCAGCGUACGGCAAAGGAAUGGACUGAUCUCUUUUUGGGAGCUCACCCUCAAUAUCAGGUACGUCUUAGACACUAG